AUGUCGCAUACUGGUGCCAUGCGGGGGACGCCCAAAAACUCGAACCGUAACCAGCCACAGCAUCUCGGCCACAGCCCUUCUGCCAUCCCGCGCCCCUCUGGUUUGGAGAACCAUUCGCAUGUCACCCAGAGCGAUGCGGGCGGCUCUUCGCUCAGCGCCAGCCGGGCCAAAAUGUCCAAGAGGGACGACGCCAUUCGGCGAAAGAUUGAGACGGACCUCAAUAAGAAGAAGAAUAUUAGCGGACGAGUUCGGCCCUCCAAGAAAGCCCCGCCCGGCACCGUCCUCGCCCUGAAGCCAUCCCCAGCACUUCAAAUAAAGCCAUCGACUACGGUCGCUGAGGCGGCACAGUUGAUGGCGGCCAAGCGGGAGGACUGCGUUUUGGUAACAGAUGAUGAUGACCGUAUUGCGGGUAUCUUCACAGCCAAGGAUCUUGCUUUCCGUGUGGUCGGCAACGGCAUCAAGGCUCGCGACGUCACCAUUGAGGAGAUUAUGACCAAGAACCCCCUUUGCGCAAAGACUGAUACAAGUGCGACGGAUGCGCUGGAUCUCAUGGUCAGGAAGGGCUUCCGCCACCUUCCCGUCAUGGAUGAGAACCAUGACAUUUCAGGUAUUCUGGACAUCACAAAGUGCUUUUACGAUGCCAUGGAGAAAUUGGAGCGAGCGUAUGCCUCCUCUCGCAAAUUGUAUGAUGCUCUUGAAGGUGUGCAGGCAGAGAUGGGCUCGAGCCAGCCGCAGCAGAUUAUUCAGUAUGUCGAGGCAAUUCGCCAGAAGAUGUCCGGCCCUACUCUAGAAUCUGUCUUGACGGGUCUCCCUCCCACAACUGUAUCUGUACGCACUUCGGUCAAGGAGGCGGCGGCACUCAUGAAGGAGAACCAUACAACUGCUGUUCUUGUGCAGGACAAUGGCUCCAUCACUGGUAUCUUCACUAGCAAGGACGUGGUCCUCCGUGUUAUUGCCGCGGGGCUUGACCCGAUGACUUGCAGUGUUGUGCGAGUAAUGACUCCGCACCCCGACUUUGCGCCAGUGGACAUGAGCAUUCAAUCUGCUCUGCGCAAGAUGCAUGAUGGACACUACCUCAAUUUGCCAGUUAUGAGCGAUGCUGGUGAAAUCGUCGGCAUGGUGGACGUUCUCAAGCUGACUUAUGCUACGCUUGAUCAGAUCAACAACAUCAGCACCACGGAUAGUGAGGGCCCUGCAUGGAACAAGUUCUGGCUCUCUCUUGACAAUGAGACUGAGUCGGUCAUGUCUGGCGAAGGAAGCCGGCAUCCUGACCACCGCUCGUACAUCUCGCACCACGACCGUCCAGGUCUUAUGGAUCGCGGCGACAGUGUGAUGCCAAAUGAGUCUGCAUCUCAUAACGGAGACGACUCACCGCCCCCGUCUGCCGUCGCUAGCAACCACCCUGUUCACAUGGAAGACAUGCCAUUCCCGUUCAAGUUCAAGGCUCCAAGUGGGCGUGUCCACCGCCUACAGGUAGUCAUUUCUUCUGGUCUCGAGGAACUCAUCAACAGUGUGGCCAACAAGCUGGGUAGUGAGGUUGAAAGCCUAGGAGGUGCGCCGAGCUUUGAGGGCGGCAGGCUCUCCAGGGAAGGCUUUGCUCUAAGCUACCUUGACAAUGAAGGCGAUACUAUUUCCAUCACGACCAACGACGACCUUGUAGAGGCCGUCAGCCUGUCACGCAUGGCGCACCGCGAAAAGGUCGACCUCUUCGUCCACCACCCUGACAAGCCACCCAUGUCUGCCGAGGUCAACCCUCAACCAGGGCUGUCCAAGCCCGUCACGCCACCCGAGUCUACGCUUCGUGAACGCAAGCAGUUCUUUGACGACGACGCGGACGAGAAGCCUAGAUCGAGGGGCCGGCACCAGUCGAUCCCACUGUCGCAGCAGCCCGAGAUUAUUGCUGGUGUCCCGAACGAUCUUUUGCUACCUGGUGCCAUUGGUGUGCUAGCCGUCGUUAUUGUUGGUGUGUUUGUGCUUGGCCGUGCUUCCAGCCGGUAA